UGCCCAUUCUCCAAGUUAUCGCCCCCUGUCGCACCGAGCGUGGCUGGGAGCCCUCCCCCCUGUCCCGCCAUCUCGGGCUCCCAAUUGAUAGCUUACGCUUGCCCGGCCUGGGAGGCAGAAUUUCCUGCUCUCGUCAUCAUUCUGCAUCGGGUGUCGGUGGGCUCUCGAUACACUGCAGCAGCAGCAGCAGCAGCAGCAGCAGCAGCAGCAGGACCAGCAGCGCACCGCCCCAGCACGCUGGCCCGCGAGGCCUCUCGCUCGGCCCAUGCUUAUCCCGAGGUCCACUCCGCUCUCGUCCGGCGCCAUCGCGGGGGCUGUGGUCGGAUCCGUCGUCGGCGCCCUCCUCCUCGCACUAUGCCUCUUCCCCUUGGUCGUCGGCGCCAGACGCCGACGUCUGCGUGCCCGCCAUGACGGCGAUCCCGGCUUGGCCGAGAUGGGGCAGGCCCCCGGAGGCCCCAUCCCGGCUGAUGACAGCUCCUACAAGAACUCCUCGGGCUCUGCCCUGGAGGCCGUCAACACCGUCGAUGAAGCUCGACAGCCUCCGGUCGCCCCCUCCGCAAGCGUUACUGUCCAGCACGACCCGCUGUCACCCGGCCCGUCCCCUACCUCGCCGCCGCCGAAGACUGAUUUGCAGCCGCAAGGCGACCGUCAGGAACCGUCGCCUGCGACAGCCCCCUCACCGGCCCGGUCACCCGCCGCGACCUCGUCGACGCCGCGCUACGGCUCUAGGACCACUGCUGGCCGCGAGAGCACCCGCGACCUGAGCGGCAGCGACUCCUACGGGCCACCCAGUCGUGAGCUUACCAGCAUCACCUCGGUUGGCAUAACCGCGGAGCCCGAGUCGUUCGAUCGCCCAUCUGGUUCUCGCGAGCACAGCCACUUCCACCUCCCAGACUCCAUCCGCAAUCUUCUCCAUAGUCGCCGCUCUUCCCACCUGCGCCGCGACAGCAAGCGCUCUACCCAGGCCGGCACUGAGUCGGCGCGCUCCCCAUCUAUUGCCACCAACGACGUCCUCCCGCAGCUCGAGCCCACGUCGUCCGGUCUCGAGAUCGAUACCGAAACGCCCGGCUUGGCUUGGGACUACUUCCACGACCCGACCCUAGGCGCCGAGGUGUACGACAGCUUCCCGCAUUCCUUGCCUGCCCCGGUCUCCGCGGCUGCAGCGCCGUCCACGGACGCUCCCGCUCCGGUCCCACUCGGUUCUGCUCUCCCAGCGAGCCAGAUUCCUGCGACCGCAGGGGACACCGUCCCGCAUCUGACAGCACGGCCCAUCACUGAAGAACCCGACGCCAUCUCGUCGGACACCGACGCGACCGCCACGCCUGCCCAAUCCAGCAAGCAAAACACCGCGCUGCAGGGCAAGAGACUGGGCGGCUCGCUCCAGCGUACCGACAGCCUGCCGCCCCCCACCAUCGUGGCUGACCUGCCCAGCCCGCCUCUGCUCCAGUACAACAUCGGACCGAGCGGCAACCCCAUGGAGAUGAUGAAGCCGACCAACCCAACAGAGAGCGCGUGGAUGUUGGAGCACGAAAUGCGCCUGAUUCAGAGCGCCCCGCCACUGCCAGCUCAUGAGCCUCAGCUGCCCAUAUCAGUGCCGCUGGAUGAAGGCCAGGGCGCCUUGUUCGGUCAUGAUCUGUUGAAGCCAGAGCCGCCACCUGCUUUCCAGCCUCCUUUUCAGUCGCCCUACCAAUCGCCACCCCAGGCGGCGUCCGAGUUCGAGAUCGAGAUGCACAAGCCAAUACCUGAGCAACCACCCGGUUUUAACGAACCCAACGUUUUGACCACCCCAGAUUACUCGACCCCCCCACCCUCCACAGGGCCCUCUACCCAGAGCACACCGAACACGAAGCUGACACCCUUCACCGCGUCACCCUCUCCGCCAGCCGAGAUGGAGGCUACCAUCAACAGCCAAUUGCGGCCGCCAUCACCAGGCAUUUCAGCGGGAGCGUCACCGUCGCCAGGUCCCUCGCUAUCACCGGGUCUGUCACCGGAUAUAUCGCGCGGCCGAUCGCCUGGUCCGACCCCGAGCCGGUCUCCAGGGGCGUCUCCGGGAAGGUCUCCGGCUCGGCCUCCUGGCGGGUUCGUCUGCGACGUGUGCGGGGUUGUGAAGAGCUCUUAUCACCAGUUCAACCACCACCGUCGGUAUCACGACCGGCCCUAUGAAUGCACGCACCCGGGAUGUGGGCGGAGCUUCGGCACGAUAACGCACCUCAACCGGCACGUCAACGACAAGCACGUCAAGACGCGCAAGUUCUACUGCACCCAGCCGGACUGCGCGUACUCGAGGCAGGGCGGCAAGUCGUUCCCCCGGAAGGACAACUGGAAGCGCCACAUGAUGAACAAGCAUCACAUCGACCCGCAGAACGAGACCGACGAGGAGGUGCUGGCCGACGUCGCCAUGGACGAGACAUGACGGGGGUGGCGAGUUCGAU